AUGGCAAAUCCCGACGAUGAUUUGAAUUUUAUACAUGUUGAAUAUCUCAAUGUUGAUAGUAUAGCUGAUGUUCCCGUUCCCGAGUGCCUUGUUCCAAUAUAUGAAGUUGAAAAUGCGAUUUGGAAUGCAACAAGUCUUGAUGAAGUAGAUACUAUUUAUAUGAUUAUAGAAAACAAUAAAGUUCCACACGAUUAUGUUGCACGGCUUAUUGACUUUGUUUCAAAGAGACGACUCAAAAACAUGAAAAUUUAUGUCAAUUUAUUUUCAAAGAUUUUCGAAGAAAAAUUUUCAUCGCUCAAAAUUAAUCCAGAUCUUGGAAUGGUCCUCAGUGAUAUUGGUAUUAAAACAUCCUAUUAUGGGUCAUCCAAACACCCUGAUGAGAUCUACAACAUUUUCCCUGAAAAUACUGUUUUUCGUGCAGUUGCAUUUGAUGAUAUCCAAUUUUUGUUGUCUUGUCAAAGCGACACUGAAUUUAAUAUCAAUGAUUCGGCUAAAAUUCAUUCAAUGGAUGAUGAAACCUUAACAUUACUUGAUAUCAGCUGCAAAUUUGGAAGCAAUGAAUGUUUUAAGUUUUUAAUAAUGAAUGGUGCAUCUCAAUCUCCUUUCACUUCAUCAUAUGCAGUUGAAGGAGGAAGUUUGGAAAUCAUUCGUAUUCUAGCUCAAAAUGGGACAUCCUUCAACACGUUGUCUAGUAUCUGCUGUGAAUAUCAUCAUAAUCAAAUAUUUGAUUGGUUGCUUCAUAACUAUCAAUGUCCGAUGUUUACUGCUAGCGAAUCUUUAUUAUGGUUUAAUAUGAAAGCAUUUCUAUUCUUAUAUGAAAAUGGUGUUAACUUGAAUACAAAGCAAAUAAUAAACUAUAAUUAUGAGCAAGUACCUCUAACAGUUGCUACAAUGCAAUGUAAUACAUUAAUGACAGAAUUCUUAAUUUCUCAUGGAGCUGAUGUAAAUGUAGUUGUUGUUCGUUCUUGUAAUCAUAGAAUUCAAUAUUGUUCUCAUAAUGUUCAUUUCAAAUUCAUCAAAGAAUUCUUUUUCGGUAUUAUUCAGUUCAAUUUUGUCAUUUAUAAUGUUCAAUUUGUUUAUUCAAAAAAUUCAAUAUUUUUGUUUAUUAUAUUCAUUAUUUUUCUUCAUUUUACUCCCCUUACGCUUGCGAUUGAGAGAAGGUAUUUGGAUCUAUCCAAGCUACUUAUUGAAAAUGGUGCAGAAUUCGACACUGUUUUCCAUUAUAUUCAAAAUUAA